AUGCCGCAUUCCGAUCCCGAUGGGCCGCUGGCAAAGCGCCAGAAAGUGUCGACUUUGGCCAAUGCGCCUCAACCCUCAAGCAAUUCCUCCCGAAUCUUUGCUCCAUUCCGAACUGUCGGCCUUGUCUCUCCAUCGAGUAUUCCUUUUACGUCUUUUCCAUUGGGAAAGACUACUUUCCAAAUUACAACAUCGGUCGGCCGGUCUCUGCAGACGUACGAUUUGCUCCGAGGUCUCAACCUAGUCUUUGUCACCCGGCCACAGACACUUGCGGAUAUCACUGCUACGUAUGCCUGGGGAAAGAAGGUCUUUGCCGCAUGGGGUGGAUCGCAGGAUGGCGAACCUCAGGGCCUUUGGGUCUUCCAAAGAGGUAGAAAGAUUGAUGAGGUAGCUCUCCCCAGCGACCUGACAGAGCCAAUCCAGCAAAUCACCAUCUUUGGAACCUGGUUCAUCGCUUGCGCGAAGACGCGGAUUGAGGUUUUCAAAACCGCGACACUCGAGCAUUACACUACUAUCCACACCAUGGCUGCUGCCAAAGGCGGCCAUGAGAUCACCAGCGGCGUCGUCACCAUGCCUACAUUCCUCAACAAGAUCUUCGUUGGUCGCAAAGAUGGUUGGGUCGAGAUCUGGAACGUCAGCACUGGAAAGCUGAUAUACACCAUUUUACCUCCCUCCCCCGACUCUGGCGCCGUAACUUGUCUCGAACCCACUCCGGCUCUCUCCUUGUUGGCCAUCGCCUACUCAAGCGGUACCCUAGUCAUCACCAAUGUACUCACCGAUAAGCGCGCUCUCCAAGUCGAAGCUGGAAGCCCAGAGGCCCCUAUUACUUCGAUAUCGUUCAGAACCGAUGGUAUGGGAGCUGGACAUGAUGGCAGAAAAGAUGGUGUCAUGGCCACCGCUACACCGUCCUCAGGCGAUAUUACCUUUUGGGAUCUGAAUAAGGGAGGUCGUGUUAUGGGAGUCCUUCGAAGUGCCCACAACCCACCUUCAGGUGAGGGCGGUGACGUCCGCGGUGGCAUCAGCAAAGUUGAAUUUUUGGCUGGUCAGGCAGUCAUUGUAUCCAGCGGCCGAGACAACUCUCUCAAGUCAUGGAUCUUUGAUGAGACGCCUUUCUCUCCUAUCCCAAGAAUCCUGCACUCCCGGAGCGGACAUUCUGGUCCUGUCAAUUGCCUCCAAUUCUUACCCUCCGAUUUCGAUGGUGCUGAAGCCGGAAAUAAAUGGAUUAUCAGCGGUGGCAAGGAUAGGAGUCUCUGGGGAUGGAGCAUGCGUCGCGAUGGUCAGAGCACAGAGCUGAGUCAGGGUAACAUACGGAAGAAGGCAAAGAAGAUUGGUAUCCUGGCCAGCAAUGCUCUCGCACAUGGCCCAACGACAACACUGGAGGACCUUAAAGCCCCCGAAAUCACAUGCAUUGCCACUUCACUUAACCGCGAUGGUGGUAUUGGCGCCUUGCCUGGCAAGCAGGAGAUUUGGCAGAAGGGACGAGACCCCAAGAAGAAGAUGGACGCAGAGAUUAGCGGAAUGACGGGCUGGGAGAGUGUUGUCACCGCUCAUAAAGGUGACCCUUUUGCCCGCACCUGGUUCUGGGGUCGAAAGAGAGCUGGUCGCUGGGCAUUCCCAACUGGCGAUGGCACCAACGUCACAACUGUUGCUAUCAGUCCCUGCGGAACGUUUGCAUUGGUCGGCUCCGGGGCUGGUGGCAUCGACAUGUACAAUCUUCAGUCUGGUGUCCACCGCCAACGCUUCCCCUCCAAGUUGACGCCAGCACAAGCUCGUCAGCUGAAAAUGCAGCAGCUUCGACAGGCAGAUGACGUUGUUCAGCUGCAAAGCGAAAGCAACCGAAAGUAUCCCGCCGGUGUUGGCAAGCAUACCCAGGCCAUCACUGGCCUGGUUGUUGAUUCUAUGAACAAGACUGUGGUGUCUUGUGCGCUGGACGGCAAGAUCAAGUUCUGGGAUUUCUUGACAGGAACCCUCUUGGAGCAGUUGGACUGGGCGCCCAUGACAUUCCCGACUGGCUGCCGUUACCACCCUGCUAACAACCUCUUGGCCUUUUCUUGCGAUGACCUUUCCAUUCGAGUUGUCGACCUGGAAACAAAAAAGACCAUUCGAGAAUUCUGGGGUCCCAAAGAUGUCAUCAACGACUUUUGCUUUUCAAACGACGGAAGGUGGAUCAUUGCCGCCUCUCGCGAUUCGGUGAUAAGGAUAUGGGAUCUACCCACCAGCCAUCUCAUCGACGCUAUUCGACUGGAGAAGCCUUGCAAAGCUGUGGCCAUGUCAUACACAGGCGAGUACCUGGCUGCGGCUCUGGAAGACAGCCCUGGUGUUACGAUAUGGACGAACAAGGCUCUGUAUAAACACGUCCCAACUCGCCAGAUAUCCGAAGCUGAAAUCGACUUGGUGACUGCACCUACGACGUCCGGAGAAGGAAACCUUGGCUUGCUGGAGGCAGCAUUUGAGGAGGACAAGGCAGAAGAAGACGUUGGCGUCCUCGCGCCUACUGUCGAUCAAAUCAGUGCUGACCUGAUGACGCUGAGUUUGGUUCCUAAGAGCAGAUGGCAGACGCUGCUCCACCUGGAUCUGAUCAAAGAGCGCAAUAAGCCGACGGAGGCACCUAAGCUCCCCGAAAAGGCGCCCUUCUUCUUGCCAUCCACAUCCGGGGCGCAAGUGCCUGGGGCCAAGGACGGAGAAGAUGAACCAGAAAACGGGAGCAAGUCUCGUAUCAGUAGAUACGACAAGGCUCGAUUUGAGGAAACAUUCACAUCGAAGCUGCGUGCUGGCGCUGCCAACGGCAACUACGAUGAUUUUAUUGAGCACCUCAAAUCACUCUCUCCCUCGACUGCGGAUCUUGAGCUUCGGUCGCUUUCCCUGGGCGAGGAUGACGACUCCAACGAGCUCCUCCACUUUAUCCGAGCUCUUACGACACGGUUACAGGCGCGAAAGGAUUACGAGCUGACGCAGGCGUGGAUGACGGUGUUCCUCCGACUUCACUUUGAUAUGGUGAUGGAAAACAAGACGCUGCUCAAGGCUCUUGAAGAGUGGAAGGGACAGCAGGAGAAGGAAUGUCAAAUCGCAACGAUGGGCAAGAAAUUCAGAGGAAAAGGACGUCGUGGAGGCGGUGGUGGACGCGGAGGAGGCGGUGAUCGCGGCCAAAGCUGGAGGGACUACCCUGCUCUCAAGAAAGAGAACCAGAAGCUCCAGGAGUUUUACGAUUCGCUGCUGCAGCUUCCUGAGGAGGAAAAGACGCAGUUCUGGGAUGCAUUGAAGCGCGAGCUGCCCAACAGCUUCCGCUUCUGCGGCUCCAAGGGCCAUGCGCUCGCCGUCGAGAGACUUCUGCGAUCCCGAUACAUCCCCGAAAUCGUCAAGAUUGAACACCAGGAUGGCCGUCCCGUCGACCCUCCUCAGCCAGUGUCCUGGUACCCCGACGAACUCGCUUGGUGGAUGACUACGCCCAAGAACGUUGUUCGCAAGUUCCCGCCCUUUGCGGCCUUCCAAAAGUUCCUCGUCUCUGAAACCAGUGUUGGCAACAUCAGCAGACAGGAAGUCGUCAGCAUGAUCCCUCCUCUUCUGAUGGAUCUCCGACCAGGCAUGACUGUGCUGGACAUGUGCGCCGCACCGGGAAGCAAGUCUGCUCAGCUGCUGGAAAUGCUCCACGUUGGCGAGGAGUCUCGCGUGAGGAAGGUUCUGCGAGAAUUCGCCAAGGAGGAUGGUUUGGACCUCGGUGAUGAGACCAAGGACGAGGCCGAAGCCGAUCUUGAGGCCGACCCAUCUGAUAACGGUCGCGCCACGGGCCUGCUGAUCGCCAACGAUGCCGAUUACAAGCGUGGCCAUCUUCUUGUCCAUCAGCUUAAGAGACUGUCAUCGCCUAACCUCCUUGUGAUGAAUCACGAUGCCACCCAAUUCCCCUCUAUCAAGCUGCCUUCGACCGACAACAAGCCUGUCUACCUCAAAUUUGACAGAAUUCUGGCCGACGUUCCCUGCUCCGGAGACGGAACAGCACGAAAGAAUGCGAACCUGUGGAAGGACUGGCAGCCGGGUAGUGCCUUGGGACUGCACGUCACCCAGAUCCGUAUUCUGGUCCGAGCCCUACAGCUCCUCAAAGUUGGUGGCCGCGUUGUGUACUCGACAUGCAGCAUGAACCCAGUUGAGAAUGAAUCGAUCAUUGCUGCUGCUAUUGAGAGAUGUGGUGGCUUGGACAAUGUUGAGAUUGUUGACUCUAGUGACCAGCUGCCUGGCCUCGUGCGACGACCCGGUCUGAAGACGUGGAAAAUCAUGGACAAGAGCGCUAGGAUUUGGAGCUCAUGGGAGGAGGUCGAGAAGUUCGCCAAGGAGAGCAACGAAGGUGUGAUUCCUGGACGACUUCAGUCAUCCAUGUUCCCAGACCCUGCGGGGACCAACCUGCCUUUGGAGCGCUGCAUGCGAGUCUACCCUCACCUGCAAGAUACCGGUGGCUUCUUCAUCACCGUUUUGGAGAAGAAGACUGAGUUCAAGGCGAAGCCGGAGAACGAGGCAAAGGAGACCGCCCGGGCAAACGAAGCCUCUGAGAACCUCGCCACUCCUGCUACCGAGGCAAAGCCAGAGGAGUCUACCGCAGCGGAAGAAAAGAAGGAGGAUGAACCAAUGGAUGAUGCCUCCCCAGCCGCUAGCAAGCGCCCCCUGGAGACUGACGAUGGUGCAGAGCAACCAGCGAAGAAGACCAAAACUGGAGAGGAAAGCUCAGCAGCCGCCACUCCCGUUCCCGCCCCUACCACACAACGCGAGGACCGCCCAGGCAAGCCCAAGAGAAAUGGGCCGGUUGAGGAGCCCUUCAAGUAUCUCGACCCCGAGCACCCGACUAUCCAGAACAUCAAGGACUUUUAUAAACUGUCUAGCCGCUUUCCCACCAACCGAUACAUGGUGAGAAACGAGAUGGGAGAGCCUGCCAAGGCCAUCUACUACACCACCGCCUUGAUGCGCGACAUCCUCACGGAGAACGAGGGCCGAGGCCUGAAAUUCAUCCACGGCGGUGUCCGCAUGUUCAUGAAGCAGGACGCCCCCUCGGCCGAAGUUUGCCGCUGGCGCAUCCAGGCCGAAGGCAUGCCCAUCCUGCAAGGCUACGUCGGCGAGACCCGCAUCGUGCGGCUGCGCAACAAGGAGACGCUGCACAAGCUCCUGAUUGAGAUGUUCCCCAAGAUCAGCGACGGCGGGUGGAAGAACUUUGAGGAGAUUGGCGAGCGAGUGCGCGACAUCGGCAUGGGAUGUUGUGUGCUGAGGGUCGAGCCCGAGGGCGACGACCAGGAGUGGCAGGAGAGGAUGGCGCUUCCGCUGUGGAAGAGCAUUCAUUCGCUGAACUUGAUGCUGCCUAAGGAGGACCGGUCGGCUAUGUUGUUGAGGGUGUUUAACGACACUUCACCGUUGAUUAACAUUAGUCUGCAGAGGAAGGAGAAGAAGGAGGCUGAAGAACAGCAGCAGGAGGAGGAACAGCAGGAGAUUGACCUGGAGGAUAUUCCCACCCCAGAGGGAUCUGAUUAA